CUUUUAAACAAAUAAUGAAUUAAUAGGAACGCCCAAAUUUAUUUGUCUUAUAUCCUUAUCCAUUCAAUAGAGAUGCUAAGAUAAAGCAUGUUGAAAUAAAUUAUUCUCCUUCAUUUAGUGAGUAUUCACUUUAAUCAAUAUUAUAAGAAUUAUGAAAUGCAUGAUGGAAACUAUACCUAUAUUCAACAAUGACAGAGAUCCAGCACAACCUGGAUUUAUACCACUUAUUGAUUAAGUAAUUUUUCAUUAUUAUAUAGCCACUACAUCUUUAACAUAAUGAUCAAUAUCAAAAUCAAUACUAAAAAAAGUAUUCAGAAUUGACCAAAAAAAAUAAAGUGCUUGUAAUUAUUUUUUAUAAAUACAGCAUUUUCCAAAACCCAAAAGUUAGUCAAAAUAUUGUAAUGUUUGCAAAUAACAUUAUGAAGAAUAUUUGGAUGUAUUAUUUUCACUUAUUUAAGCAUAUCAAAUCAAAAACACAUAAAACGCAAUUUACUAAAAAUCAAUAUAUCAAAAAAAUCAUCUCUUAAGCCAAAGAAGUUCAAGAAAAAGUUGUACCAACAAUUGAAUAACAAGAAUCUACUGAAGUAUAACCUAAGAAAAUUAAAAAAACUAAACUUUCUUGA